CUUCAGUUCUGUGCAGCAACUCCUCGUUCACUCUCUCCAUGGUGCUGCCAUGGCCGACCCUUUUAGCAUCCGUCCUUGGAACACUGUCCAUUUGACCAACUUGGCCUCCACACUCGGCCAGGGAGAGCCACGCCGACCACGCAGCCAGCCUAACUGGGCACCCUUGCAGAAGGUGGCCUUGCGUUGCCUGGAGCGCCCCUUGAGCCCAGCCUCCUUCCUCGCCCGGAAGGUGGCACAAGAGGCAGUAAGUGCCUACCCGGCAAGUGUGGCACAGCGGCUUCGUGCGCGGAGGUCCUCUCGAGAACGAGGGCGCUGUCUUCCCAGAACUAGGGCACAAACUGCAGGCAUAGUUGAACGGCGCUUUCGAGAUCGUGGACGACGCGAGGGUGAAAGCGAAUUUGGCCAAUCUUGGUCUCGCGAGUUUCAAUCGCUGGCGUCAAGCAGACGCAGCUUGAAACAAGACGUCCGAAGGCGGAGGUCUAUGCUUGACGGCGAGUUGUUGAAUCCUCCUCGUUGCCUCUCACGAGGCAUACACAAAAUGCCGACAUCCAACUCUGUACCUGCAGUGUUACCAGAAGGCUCUGUACGGCGUGUGAAACAAGCACAGACGCUGAUGUCCCUGGUGGCUGAUGGCAGGCCGGGCAACGGAAAGAAGGAUCCACGAGUUGCUCAGUGCCUCCAAGGAAUCGUGCGCCGCACAGCGGUGGCCACGAAGGCUGCGAAGCAAAUCGCGGACUCCAUCGACCUUGAAGACGUGGAGGACUUCUCAGGCUUCUGAGAUACCAAGACACCGCUGAGAUGCUCAAGUGACGAGAGGUUCACAAGCCGAAAAGGUUUGACCUCUUGGCUGGACCGCAGUUCUUGAUAGCC